ACGCGCAGUGAGAGCCGAGGGGCUGACAGCCCAUCCCCUGAUUCCUCGCAGCUCAACAUAAGGUACUCCAAAAGAAUGUCUUCUGUUGAUAAAAAAGCAGAAGGCCCUGAAACUGACUAACACUCAGAACAAUACAUUGGUGCGCUACAGUGGAGCCAUACCCGAUACCUUCAAAUGUAGUAAAGGAAAUUUGACAUGGUCUAUAAGCGUGAGAGCUUUAGCAACUCCAUGGACUUGGUUAUUGUGCAAUAAGCUGUAUUUGCUUCUGUGUUGGGAAAGCAGCUACCAUGGAACAGUACAUUUAGUAGUGAGAAAUAAGCAUGCAAAUGCAAAGAACAGCAUGUUAAGACUCUGUAUUGAUGCAGCAAGUGGUAAUGCAGGGAGGUGCAUGUUCUCUUUUGAUUGACCCAUGGCAGGAUAGUGCCACAAACAGCUCUGCCAAUCGGCUGUCACAGGGACAGGUGCUAAUUUCGGAGGAAGCAGCAGAAUCACAAGCUUCGUCGGAGAUGAACCUUUGCUGGAGUGAGAUAAAGAAGAAAUCUCACAGCUUGAGAGCUCGUCUGGAAGCAUUUUCUGAUCCCACUGUCAAGCUGCAGCCUCCCCUCCAAGAGAUUAUUGACUGGCUAGGGCAAAAAGAUGAAGAGUUGUCAGCACAACUUCCCCUUCGCGGUGACCUGUCUACGGUUCAGCAAGCCAAAGACAAGCAUUUGGUGUUUAUGGAAGAGGUGAAAUCACGUGGCCCAUAUAUAUACUCUGUCUUGGAGUCAGCCCAGACCUUCCUCAACCAACAUCCCUUUCAAGAUGAAAUGGACGACACGUCAAUACAGGGAAAAGAUACUUCCCCUAGAAAUCACUCAAAGAGCCUUAGUCGCUUGCUCUGGAAGCAGGCAAGUGUGGCAAGUGAGCUGUGGGACAGACUGACUGUCCGCAGUCUUGACCAGCACCGCCACCUGGAGAGGACAGUAGAGCAGCUUCGGGAACUGGGGGUUUCAAUGAAAGAAGCAGGAGAAUCUUUAGAACAGGCUGAGAAUGUGCAGUCCACCUGGGAACCUAUAGGGGACUUGUUUAUAGACUCUUUGCCAGAGCAUAUACAAGCUACAAAGCUGUUUAAGGAGGAGAUGAUGCCUUUAAAGGAUACAAUUAAGAUGACAAACGACCUUGCACAUCAGCUGGCCUUGUGUGAUGUUCACCUCUCAAUGGAGAAUGCAAGAGAGCUUGAACAGAUCAACAGCCGUUGGAAACUGCUCCAGGCAUCUGUAGGGGAACGUCUUAAGCAGCUUCAAGAUGCUCACCGUGACUUUGGACCUGAAUCCCAACACUUUCUUUCUUCAUCUGUUCAGGUUCCCUGGGAGAGGGCAAUAUCCCCCAACAAGGUGCCAUAUUACAUCAAUCACCAGGCUCAGACUACAUGCUGGGAUCAUCCCAAAAUGACAGAGCUCUACCAGGCUCUUGGUGAUUUAAACAACAUCAAAUUUUCUGCAUAUCGGACUGCUCUGAAACUGCGCAGAGUGCAAAAGGCUUUGAGAUUGGAUUUAGUCACGCUCCCCCUCCUCUCCCAGAUAUUUAGCUAUGAUAUCCUGCAGUCUCCUGAGCGCUCUCUUGAUGUUCUUGAUGUGAUUCGCUGUCUAAGUUCACUAUAUGAAAGGUUAGAGGAAGAGCGAGGCCUUCUGGUGAAUGUCCCACUAUGUGUGGAUCUAACUCUCAAUUGGCUGCUUAAUGUAUUUGAUGGUGCUCGCAGUGGUAGGAUCAGAGCUCUCUCUUUCAAAGCUGGAAUAGUGUGCCUGUGUGAUUGUGAUGUGAAGGGAAAACUUCAAUAUCUGUUUUCUCAAGUGGCCAGCCCUGGGGGUACUUGUGACCAGCGGCAACUUGGCCUUCUUCUCCAUGAGGCAAUUCAGAUUCCACGCCAGCUAGGGGAGGUUGCAGCUUUUGGUGGGAGCAACGUCGAACCCAGUGUUAGAAGCUGUUUUAGAUUUACAAACGGUACUACGCUUUUGGAGCUGUCUCAGUUUCUGGAGUGGGGGACCCUGGAGCCACAGUCUUUAGUUUGGCUUCCAGUCUUGCAUCGUGUGACGCUGGCAGAGUCAGUCAAACACCAAACAAAGUGUUCAGUCUGUAAACAAUGUCCAAUAAAAGGCUUCAGGUACCGUAGCUUGAAACAGUUUGGGGUGGAUAUCUGUCAGUCUUGUUUUCUGACUGGUCAAGCUGGAAAAGGGAAUAAACUACACUAUCCAAUCAUGGAGUAUUACACGCCGACAACCUCUGGAGAGAAGAUGAGAGAUUUUGCCACAACAUUUAAAAAUAAAUUCAGAACUCGCCAAUACUUCAGUCGGCACCCACAGAGAGGAUACCUUCCUGUACAGUCUGUUCUGGAUGCUGAAGUAAGAGACACGCCAGUCUCCUCUCCUGUGCUCCCACAUGCUGAUACUCAUUCACGGAUAGAGCAUUUUGCAAGCAGGCUUGCUGAAAUGGAAAGCCAGAACUGUACUUUCUUUACUGAUAGCCUAUCUCCUGAUGACAGCCUUGAUGAGGACCAAUAUUUGCUACGACACUCCAGUCCCAUUACAGAUCGGGAUCCAUGCAACAUGCCUCAGACUGCAAUUGCCCUACAUCCAGAAGAGGAACAGAGCGAACUGGAAAGAAUCCUUGCUCACCUAGAGCAUGAGAACAGAAUCCUACAGGGGGAGCUGAAACGUUUGAAGUGGCAGCAUGCAGAAGCUGGAGAAGGAACAGUGCUGGGGGAAGUUUCUCCAGAUUCAGGUGCAAGUAGUGAUGCACAGAGUGAGGAAUUGCUAAGUGAGGCUCGUAUCCUUAGGCACCACAAAAACCGCCUAGAGACACGCAUGCAGAUACUGGAAGACCACAACAAACAGCUUGAAUCUCAGCUACAUCGUCUCAGGGAGCUGCUUUUACAGCCUGGCACAGAUGAAGGUAAGCCUUUGUCUUCCACCUCCACUCCAGAUUCUGAAAACCGGCAUUCUGAAGAAAGGAAUGGAAGUACCCCAGAGACAGAGGUAGCAGAUGAUAUGGAGAGUCGGACUAGGGAAGUAGGACUCUGCUUAGAAGACAUUAUGGAGAAGCUCAGAAAUGCCUUUCCCAAUACCAGAGAUUCUGGUAUUGCACCUGUGAAGUCUCAGACGUUACCAUUGUGACACUGCCCCUGUGCAAUAAGAUAAUUUGCCCCUCCCUGGUUGGGUCAACACUCGUAUUUUCAACUAAUGAAAGGGAGAUAUUCUAACGUGGCAACGAAAGUAAAUAUCUAUAAGGGUAUAACACCAAGCCAGUGUUUCUAAUGCUAACCAUGUGAAGAUUCAAAGUGAACAAAGCCAAAUAUCUGAUAAGAUAAAUAAAGCGUGAUGUCCCAACUUUCAGAAGCUAUGAUAAAUGUUGAGAGGAUGACUAAAGCUGCCAUAAUGCUCCUGAGUUAUGUAGCAAACAAUGGGUUUGAUUUUAGUUCCUAGCUCCAACCAAGGAUUUCCCUUAAUCUAAAGAUGCUCUCAAUGACAACUCUGUCCCAUAACCUAUGACUAAUUAUUGUAAUGAAGAAGGAUGUGAUUAACACAUUCAUUGUUUUUUAUGUUGUAUUUCUUUAUAGCACUUGCUUAGAGAAAAAAAAGGCAUAUUAUGGACUUGGAAUGGGAUCCUAAAUAAUCUUUGUAAAGAUUUAUAAAGAAACAACAUGACUUACAGGAACUAUUAUGUGAGGAAGAGUUUUUAAUGUAAAUAUUAAAUUGUGGCUAGUGGCUAAAGUGGCUAGGAAAUGGCUUUCUGUUAAUUUGUUGUCUUAUUAAAAGUUUACAUAUAAACACAUUACAUAAUUCUAAUCUACAGUACCUUGCAAAAGUAUUCACCCCUCUUGGAAUUUUUCCUAUUUUGUUGCAUUACUAACUGGAGUUAAAGUUUGUUUUUUAUUUAGAUUUCAUACACAAAUAGCCCAAAUUGGUGAAGUAAAAUGAAGAAAAUAA